AUGUCAUUUGUGAUUCUCAAUCCACAUUGCGUUUACCGAUUCACGCUUGAAAACGCUGUGAAUAUCAAUAUCAACCCUACAGAUGUGCAGUCCGCUCAGGUAGUAGAUGUUGAAGCUGUUAGUCGUAUUAUCUUCCCUGUGUUCCCUUGCGUCUAUGUAUUCUACCACGAAUACAUGGACAGCAGCCCUCUAGAUGCGUGGCCCGAUGUUGAAAGGCGUCUCCUCCAUCUUAAAUCUUCUGCGGACCUGUGCUCAAGAUAUACGCAUAUUGCUAUCAAUACAGAGCUACAACAAGCAACGACCGUCUGUCCAGUCAUUAAAAUAGAUAUUUGA